AUUUCUAGAAGGCCGGAGGGAGAGGCGCGCGAGAAGCAGGAACAAGCAUUCCACAGUCCGCAGUGAGAUUAUAUGCCACCGAGGAGACGACUCAGAGCUGAGAUCAGAUGCGCCGACGAUCUCCAACCCGUUAAGGAAAGGUUCAGCGAUGGCCAUUCUUUGAAAGGCUGCAAGCGACGUAGGUUGACCAUGGAUAUUGAUUAGGAAAAAUAUUUGUGUUUAUUGAACACAGUUGAAAAAAAAAAAAACGAUUGGAGUGGGUGGUGGUUUCAUUUCUCAGUUCACACCAGAGGAAGAAUGCUGGCUGGGGGCACUAGAGAUGAAAGGUAAACAAUGAUGUGCUUGGUUUUUAUCUUGAUUUGGAGCACUAUGCAAGACCUGCUCAGAUGGCCUCGUCGCAGGAGAGAUCAUGGCAUUUCACUGGUAUAUUACCUAGAGGAUGCCUGCUUUCCACACGGUUUUUGGUAAUGCUAUCUAAAGUCCUGUUACAUUAACCAAUACUAUUAGCAAAUGGAUGAAAUCUUGCUGAAGUUUCUGUGAGCCCUGUCAUUCUGGAAAUUGCAAUGACAGAAUGACAGAUGAAACUCCCAUGUUACAUGGAAUACAUAAAUAUUGUAAAGACAACUAAAAACGCUGCUGAACAACUCAUUAAAAUCAACCAGCUACUUGCGGAGUUGACUCGCUCACACCAUAACUCAGCCUCUGUCCAGUUAUUUGUCCAAAUUCACUCUUCCAACUAUCUCAAACCAGACCAUUUUACCCUCUCUAGCACCCUGACUGCAUGUGCCAAUCUUCGCAACACUGCAUCUGGUAAUCAGCUUCAUGCCUAUUCCAUCCAAACAGGUCUCAAAGCCUAUACACAUGUUGGAAAUACUCUCCUUUCCUUCUAUGCAAAAUCAAAAGACUUAGUUUCUGUGCAACGGGUAUUCAGUGAAAUUGAAAAUCCAGAUGUAUACUCAUGGACAACUCUGUUGUCAGCUUGUACCAAGUUAGGGCAAAUUGGUUAUGCUUGCCACUUAUUCAAUCAAACACCCCGGAUGAUCCCUGUAGUGUGGAAUGCAAUAAUCACAGGAUGUGCAGAGAAUAAGCAUACAGAGAUUGCUUUGAACUUGUUUCGGGAAAUGCACCAAUUGGGUGUUAGACAUGACAAGUAUACUUUUGCUAGUGUUCUCAGCUUGUGUUCUCUGGAGUUGCUGGAUUUUGGAAGGGAGGUGCAUACACUGGUCAUCAAAACUGGGUUUUUGGUUAGAGCUUCUGUUAUUAAUGCUCUGCUUACAGUGUAUUUCAACUCGGGAAAAGUUGCAGAUGCAUAUGAGGUAUUUGAAGAAGCAGAAUCCACAGUACAUGAUGAUAUUACUUUUAAUGUGAUGAUAGGUGGCCUAGCAAGCGUGGGAAGAGAUGAGGAGGCCCUGAUAAUGUUUAAAGAAAUGCAAGAAGCUUGUCUCAGACCCACUGAACUGACUUUUGUUAGUGUUAUGAGCUCAUGUUCAUCUGCAAGAGUUAGCCAUCAAGUACAUGCACAAGCCAUCAAGAUGGGUUUUGAAGCUUGUACUCCUGUAAGUAACGCGGCAAUGACCAUGUACUCCAGUUGUGGGAAUUUACAUGCUGCUCACAUGGUUUUUGACAGACUGGAAGAGAAGGAUCUCAUCUCAUGGAAUAUCAUUAUUAUGAACUAUGUUCAGGGGAAUUUCUAUAGAUUGGCAAUCUUGGCUUUCCUGCAAAUGCAAAGAGCAGGGAUAGAACCAGAUGAGUUCACUAUUGGAAGUCUGUUAGCAAGCUCAGAGUCCUUAGAGAUUGUGAAGAUGUUUCAAGCCCUUGUAUCAAAAAAUGGGUUGAACUCAAAAAUAGAAGUUUCCAAUGCACUUGUCUCUGCUUUCUCUAAGCAUGGUCAAAUAGAGCAGGCCUAUCAAGUAUUCAAUAACAUGUCUUCCCCUAAUUUGAUCUCCUGGAAUACAAUAAUUUCUGGGUUCCUGUUUAAUGGAUUUCCAUUGCAGGGCUUAGAGCAGUUUUAUGAGUUGUUGAUGUCCACACUCAAACCCAAUGCAUACACUCUCAGCAUUGUUUUGAGCAUUUGUGCUAGCAUUUCAGCCUUGAGACAUGGAAAACAGAUUCAUGGCUAUAUCCUUAGAUCUGGGGUUUUUUCAGUUACAUCUUUGGGAAAUGCCCUCAUUACAAUGUAUGCAAAGUGUGGGGAUUUAGAUUGGUCAUUGAGGAUUUUUAAUGUGAUGAAUGGAAGAGACAUAGUCUCUUGGAAUGCCAUGAUCUCUGCUUAUGCACAGCAUGGGAAAGGAAAAGAAGCUGUCCAUUUUUUCAAGGCAAUGCAAGAUUCAGGUGGAGUGAAACCAGAUCAGGCUACCUUCACAGCAGUUCUUUCAGCUUGUAGUCAUGCAGGCUUAGUUGAUGAUGGAACUAGGAUUUUCAACUCCAUGGUAAAUGAUUACGGGUUUGAGCCUGGAGCAGAUCAUCUUUCUUGUAUUGUUGACCUUCUUGGUCGAGCUGGAUAUCUUGAAGAGGCAGAAAGACUGAUAAACAGUAAGCAUUUGAAAAUAGUUUCCAGUAUCUGGUGGACAUUGUUCAGUGCUUGUGCAGCUCAUGGUAAUUUAAGGCUUGGAAGGAUUGUUGCUGGGUUUCUCCUUGAAAUUGAACAAAAUGAUCCAGCAGUAUAUGUGCUUUUGUCAAAUAUUUAUGCGGCUGCAGGUCAAUGGGAAGAAGCCGCUAACACAAGGGACUUGAUGCAGAAAACCAGGGUGGCGAAGCAACCUGGAUGCAGUUGGAUUGGGUCAUAAGACCUUCUAGAGCAAUUACUAAGUGAGAAUGAGAAGGCAUCUCAGUCUUUUCCAAGAUAUAAGCUGGGUAUCUGAAGAAGAACCAUCACCACUGCCAGAGACGUAAAUUUGUCAAGAGAUCCAUCAUCGGACAAUUCUGGCUAGUUGAUGUCGUGGCAUGGACAUCAUCAUUAUUGGCACUGUCAUCAUGUUUCACCUUUGGCUUCAUUUUCAGCAAGGAGUGGAAGAUGGCCAUGACAGCCGCAGGAAUCAGGCCUUUAGCCACCUAACUGAAAUAGGAUAAGCUGUGGCAAGGCCAAAUGAGCAGGCACAAACUGGGGGAGGAUGGACAGAGAGUGAAAAUGACAGACCUUACGGUGCCAUUUGGUCUCAAACUUUUUGAAUUGGGCUUGAAGGUAUGCAGGAAAUUUAGCUCGCAUCUUUUUUCGUACUUCUAGUGAUUGCGAGGAGCUCCCAUGAUGACAUUGCACAUAGAAUGAAAGAAAAGUUGCAACUCUUUCCCAA